AUGUCUCAAGUACGACACAUGGGCUCCUUGCCCGCGCCCGAGGACGUAGUGAGCCUACUGGAAGCUGCACUGUGCAAGCUCUUCUCCAAUUCCAUCGAAUGGUUGAACACCGAUGUAGAUCCAUACAAGGUACUGGUCGAAACGCUGCAAGAUGAGCGAGCCAUCCUGAACCGCCACGAUCGACUUCAAGCCAAGGCUCUCUUUAGACAGGAGGAGACUCACGGCCUAUCCGAAGAACUCGCCAACUUCCCUCUCCGCCCUAUGUCUCUGAAGGAUGAUAAUGUCAAGUUCCCAGCUGACUUCCUCGAGCCAAUAUACCAGGUGGCAGAUCAUCAUGAGGUCAAGAAAGCAGUCCGAGAAGCUCGGUUAAACGUAGCUGCCGCUGUUUUGCAGUCGAACGGUCCACCGGCAAAUGGCCCUUCCAAGCCAUCUACUACAGUACUAAGUCAAAAGUUUUAA